UUGUGUCUGAAAUGGAGAAAGUGAACAGCUUGGUCUCGCAAAAGCCAGUGGUUAUCUUCAGCUUAAGUUCCUGCUGCAUGUGUCAUACUGUAAAAAGUCUCUUCUUCGAUCUAGGCGUUAAUGUCGAUGUGCAUGAGCUUGACGAGGAGCCAGAGGGAAGGGAGAUGCAGAGAGCUCUUAGUAAGCUUAUUGGACGUAAUUGUCCUGUUCCUGUGGUGUUUAUUGGAGGAAGAUUGAUAGGAUCUACAGAUAGAGUAAUGUCUCUUCAUCUUGGUGGCAGUCUGGUGCAGCUGCUCAGGGAAGCAGGUGGUCUUUGGCUGUAGCUUUUCCCUAACUACAUCUUAAGUUAAUCUAUGUAAUGAUCUUAAAUUUGAGUUGGGCAAUGAAUCUGCUUUAAAUUUGCAAUAUUUGAUGGUUGUUAUGUGUAAGAUGUUACAUGCAAAUAAUAUAUUAAGAAAAGU